AUGCUCUUUCUUCCCCUUGAGACCAGAUACGUCACAGUAGGAACAGAUGCAAACCAACAAGAACCUGCCCACUGGAGUAGGAUACUUAUAGCGCUUGCAAUCGCCUUUGUACUGGUGACCACUAUCUCAUUUCUUCUCCGAUUAUACAGCCGACGAAAGACGACCUGGAAACCGGCUCUCGAGGAUGUCUUUAUGGGAAUUGGUAUUGUUUUCUCAUACUUGCUUAGCGCAUGCGUCAUAAUCGCCGCUUUAAACGGUGUGGGAUACAAUAUCUGGGCAUUACCCCGGCAAACGCAGGGACGGGUUUCACUCAUAUUCUGGCUUGGACAAAAAUUCUGGGUACUCGCCCACGUCUUCGUGAAAAUCUCCAUUAUCUUUCUAAUUCGCCGCUUACUAUCUAUCGUUGGACCCUGGCAGGAGGUCACAACCGGAUUGAUAGUCUUCACGGUAGCAUGGGGCAUCACAGCCAUCGUCGGUAAUGCUCUACAAUGCUUGCCGCCUCGGUACUUCUGGAUAAGGACCAUUGACGGCAAAUGCAACGACAAUCAAGAGGCGUUUGCGAUUACGAUGGGGUCUUUGGCCCUUGCAGAGGAUGUGGUUCUUCUGGUUAUACCGAUUGUGAUUGUAUGGCGAAUGAAGCUUGCUCGGCCUGAAAAGAUCCGCAUUACGAUUUUGUUCGCUUUUGGAGGGUUGGUGUGUAUAUUUGGUAUAUUGCGCGUUGUCGAGUUGGUUAAUUACCAAACAGACAAUCUGACUGGUAGGUUGACUCCAGGCCUGGAGAUUAUCCUUGCUAAUGAGCUCGACAGCUAG